AACCGGAGACGUCAAAAUAAACAACAAAAAAGUAGGAGUUGUCGUUUGACAAUUAGCUUUGUAUACAAAUAGAAUAAAUUAGUAUUUUUAUUCAAACUUUGUUGUACGAUAAUUGCUUCCAAAACAACUGUUAUCGUCUUGCUUAAAUUUUAGGCAUGAAAUUUCGAUUUUGUGGAGAACUUGAUUGCCCAGAUUGGGUUCUUGCAGAAAUUGCUACUUUAUCGAAGAUUACAUCUGUCAAAAUGAAGCUUUUAUGCUCUCAAGUUAUUAGUGGAAUACUUGGAAGUCCUAUUGACUUUGACAAAGUGCGAAAAUUAACAUCGGAUGCUAAAUAUGAAAAUUCCGAUAUAAAAGCUACAAUAUCUGCUCUGCAUUUUAUCUUUACUAGUUCUGCCAAACAUGGUGUCGAUGAAGAGUCACUUUCUAAUGAGCUUCAGCAGCUUGGAUUGCCCAAAGAAUCCGCUGCUGCGCUUUGUAAGGUAUUUUCCGAUAAAUUUGCCCAGCUGCAGGAAAAAUUGAAGAAAGAAUCAUUUAAAUUGACAUCGAUUUCUGAUAUUAAUUGGCAGGUUGAUUAUGUGAUGUCAUCAAGUGUUUUAAAUGAAGUUAAUUCUCCUUCCGUUCGAAUGAUGAUGAAAGUCAAUGAAUAUAAAAAUAACGAAAACAAAUUGUGCACAUUUGAUGUUUCACCUGAAAAAUUCAAUUUACUUUUGCAUGAACUAAAACAAGCUUAUGCAAUAAUGAACGAAUUAACACCUGCUGCCUCGUAAAUGAAUUGUAUAGUUAUAUGAAUGUUAGAUUUAUUUAUUACUGUUUGAAAAGCUGUGGACUUGGUAUUUUGAAUAUAAUGAUUUUUCACUAGAAAACCAUUUACUUUUGUGUAGAAAUCAUGGCUUCUUCAAUAGAAGAUGAAUUCAUACAAUGAUUAAAGCCUUUUGAAUUUUAACCGGAAACAAUGGAGAAUGAAUCAAAAUACUCCUUUUCAUUGAUUGACAAUGUGAUUUUAUUUCACUUUUUAUUCUGUUAUUAAAAAGUUAACAUUAUCUUUGUUUAACAAUCAAAUUUAUGCUCUAUUUUUUGUAAGAUAAAUAUAAUUACAAUUAAGCAAAACACUACUUAAAUAAAUCUAAAGUUAGUUAAACAAAGGAUUGUUUUAGUACUAUGAGAAUCAGUGUCAAGAUGCAGAACAGGCAUUAACGAUGUUGUUACUCAUGAUACAGGAACUAUCAUGUUUUUGCUUACUACAUCAUUUCCAUUUUUAUAUGUUGUGUUUUGAUUUAGUCAAUGCAUCAUGUAGCUACAUGUUAUUGUUUUAUAAUAAUUUUUUUAAAUUGUUGUAUUUUUUACUUUAUACUAUUAUGAAUUUUACCUAUUGCUUUUUUUGUUUUUCUAAUGUACCUAUAGCUUUCUUACAUGUCAAUGGAAAGUGAUGAGAUUUCCAUUGUAUGAGGGCAUUAAUGCUAAAAAUAAAUCAGUAGGAGUAUAAAGAGAAUAACACAGGUGUGAUUGUACUCCGGGGAUAACCCGGAAUUAUGGGUUUCUUGUAUUAUCCUUCCGGGUGAAAAAAUUAAAAGCAGGGCAUAUGAUAUUUUAUGGGAAUAUUGCGGAAUUUCGCUUUUCUCAAGACCCUUGGUACUUACACUUUAGCUGGUGAAAUAUUUAUAAUCUGAUGAUAUAAUCACAGAAUUCCUCAAUCUAAAAUCCAAAUUUUGAAACUUUCGCUAAGACACUUACAUACAUGUGAUUCUUCUUCCAAUGGGCAGAAAUUCGCCAAUUGAUUCUUUUGGUUUGGCAGAUUUUCGCCAUUUUGAAUAUUUGAAGCUGUGCCGGAAUCCACUAAUAUCACGAUUCAUAUUCACACGGUUUGAAUAUCAAUCAUCGAUUUUUGUAUUUACCUAAUUUAAACGUUACACAUUGCAAUUCGUAUUUAUUUGGUUUAAAAAUCAUUCAUCACGAUGUGUAUGCAGGCGAUUUUAAUUUAAUACAGUCACACGAUUUUAAAAUCCAAUUUCACAAUUCAUAUUCACGUGAUUUUGAAAAUACAACAUUGCAUUUCCUGUAAGAACUAAUAUUAGUUACUAUAAAAAUGUGAUAUUCAUCAUUAGUAAGUAAUUUAAUUAUAAAUCUUAUUAAAAAAUUUUUUUUGUUAAAUAUAAAAAUGUAUGAUUUUGAUAUGUAAUGAAAUGAGAUAUGUAUGGUUUUUUGCUCUUAAAAGAUUUCAGGGUUUUUCACUCUGUGACACGAUCACCCCUGAUUAAGUUUUACGCUUAAAAAAAUUCCUUUUUAGAAAUCAUAAUAAGGAUUUUUUUAAAUAUCUGUGAAGUAUAUAUAUUUGCAACUUAAAUUUACAAGUCUGUGUAUUUUUUUAAAAAUUCAUUUUUAUGUUUAAGAACAACUAGAACUGGUACUUGCAUUCUUAUUGUUUUUUUCUCUCAACAUUUUGUAUAAUAUUUUGAAAUCUUGCAAAUCUAGGUGAACUUUCCACAACUUUAUUCUAAAUGUCUGAAUGAUGUGCUUUUUUUUUUUAUAAAUAUUACUAAUAAAUAAAUAUAAUUUGUUUAUUUUUUGA